UACCGGUGCGAAUGGCCCGGUUGUGCGAAACGGUUCACUACUAAGCAGAAUAAGAAUAGGCAUAUGGACAUACAUGCGACUAUAAAUAAGUACCGGUGCUCGAGGCCGGGCUGUGGGCAGGAGUUUUGUGACAUAACUGAUUUUAAACACCAUUUAGAGUUACACAGACACCCGGAUAAUUACCGGUGCCUUUGGCCGGGCUGUUACCGGCAGUUGAGUUGUAAUACAGCUCUAAAGACACAUAUGAGUGAACACACGGGUAGUCGUAGGUAUCGGUGCCAUUGGCCCGGAUAUGAGGCCGAAGACAGUGAGUCCGCGGAUGGCAUUGACUGCGAUGUCAGCCAUGAAUCAGACGAUGAGAUAAGCGAUGAAAACAACGAUGGGAUGAAUGAAAGACAAGACUCGAGAGGAAGUCAUAAGAAGUUGAAUGAAACCAAUGCUAAGAAAAGACAAUUGAAGGGAACGGGAGGACAGUAUGACUGCGAUUGGGAGGGAUGUGGCAAACGGUUUAAAACUAUAGCCCGUUUGAAACAACACACAAAACUGCACUCUGGUGUGGCCUACCGGUGCGAUAUACCCGGCUGUUUGUCUAACUUUCCAUGUCUUGCAUACCUUCAAAAACAUAAGAAUCGAGUAAAUCAUCAAAAGUUUUACGAAUCAAUGGCUGAGAAGAAGAUAAUCUCCGGAAGUGUUGAUGAAAAUGACGACAAGAAUACAAACGAUAGUCAAAGAGCGAGUGAAUUGAAAGCGAAACCAAAGUAUCGUUCAAUCGAUAGAAAGAACGAAGAGUUGAGUGAACGACAGGACUCGAGAGGAAGUCAUAAGACAUUCAAUGAAACCAAUGCUAAGAAAAAGCGUUUGAAGGGAACGGGAGGAAAGAAUGCGUGCGAUUGGGAUGGAUGUGGCAAACGGUUCGCACGUUUAGAUCACUUACAACGACACAAACACCUGCACUCGAGUGUGACCUACCGGUGCGAUAUCGGCACCUGUACUAAAGAGUUCGCCACUCCUGUGUACCUUAAGAGCCAUAAGGCGUGUCAUCGGGCGGAUAGACCCAAGUCUGAGGGCCGGUAUGUCUGCGAUUACUUGGGCUGUGGCAAGAAGUUUUCGUCGAGAAGUGGUCUUAAAGGACACGAACCCAUUCACUCGGGUGUGACCUACCGGUGCCCUGUCGAGGGCUGUGGGGCUACCCUUCAGUCGCAGUCAUACCUCAAAGCCCACCACAACAAGAGACACACGACUCGCCGACAAUACCGGUGCGAAGUGGACGGCUGUCAGCACGUGUUCCGCGUCAAAGAGUCCCUAACGCACCACCGGUUGGCACAGCACCCGGAGUCGAUGCCGGACUCGCCGUGGUUUGUGUGCCAGUGGCCGGGCUGUCAGUUUAGGACCAAAUGUAGACGCUAUAUACGACUACACGGCCCCAAGCAUACCAAACCCUACCGGUGCGAUGAGUGCGGCGCUAGUUUCUCGCAAAACCCUACUCUCGUGAGGCACCGGCGCGUACACGACAAGUCCGCCCAAUACCGGUGCCAUUGGCCGGGCUGUGAGAAGUUGUUUGCGGACACUAACGGGCUGGCGAUGCACACGAAUACGCAUACCGGCGCUCAGGUCUACCCGUGCCUAUGGCCCGGUUGUGACAAGACGUUCGUAUGGAGGGCUGCCCUCAACUAUCACACGAAGUGCCAUAAGGGCGGACAGUUAGGCAGCUACCGGUGCUAUUGGACGGGCUGUGCGUACAGGUCGACGAAUGCCAGUAAUUUUAAGAGUCACGUGUAUCGGCACAAGGGUUUGAAAGGAAUGCCUACCGACGACUACCUGUGCUCGUAUAGUGACUGCGGGUUUACGUCUCAAAAGUCGUCGGAAGUGAUAAAACACGUGAAGGAAAGCCAUAAUAAUUAA